GGGGGAGCUGUUGCCAUAGCGACGGGGCCGCCAUAGCGGGGGGUCCCAUGGCCGCCGGCCUGAGGGGACGGAGCGGCCUGAGGGGAGCGCCGGGCGGCGGCGGCGCCGGGGCUGAGCCGGGGGGCCCGCAAACCUCCGGCAGCGGCGGCCGGCCCGCCUGAGGCUCGGCCCCGCCGCGCCGUCGCCCUCUAUAAAAGCUCGUUUUUAUUGAUGCGUCCCCGUGGGAAAGGAGCCUCGGUGUCCUCCCCGCCUGCUGAAUCCCCGUGUUGUUGCUUUUCCCGCAGCUUUAGCGAGGAGGGCACAACGGAGAGCACAGAAACUGGAUGGCUUCUACGGUGAGCCUGGGCAAGGAAACAUUACUGGAAGAUGGAAUGCCACCUGCAAAAAAGCCCAGGAAGCUGUUGCCAAGUCUCAAAACCAAGAAGCCUCGGGAACUUGUUUUGGUGAUUGGGACAGGAAUUAGUGCUGCAGUUGCUCCCCAGGUCCCAGCACUGAAGUCCUGGAAGGGGCUGAUUCAGGCCCUCCUGGAUGCUGCUAUUGACUUUGAUCUCCUGGAAGAUGAAGAGAGCAAACGGUUCCAGAAGUGUCUUCACGAAGACAAGAACCUGGUCCAUGUUGCCCAUGACCUUAUUCAGAAGCUGUCUCCGCGCACAAGCAACGUUCGCUCAACCUUUUUCAAGGACUGUUUAUACGAGGUGUUUGAUGACCUGGAAUCCAAAAUGGAAGAUUCUGGGAAGCAGCUGCUUCAGUCUGUGCUUCACUUGAUGGAAAACGGGGCCCUUGUGUUAACCACAAACUUUGAUAACCUGCUGGAGCUGUAUGCAGCACACCAGGGGAAGCACCUUGAGUCUCUUGACCUGACUGAUGAAAAGAAGGUGCUGGAGUGGGCACAAGAGAAGAGGAAGCUCAGCGUCCUGCACAUCCACGGCGUCUACACCAACCCCAGCGGCAUCGUCCUGCACCCGGCCGGCUACCAGAACGUGCUGCGCAACACCGAGGUCAUGCGAGAGAUUCAGAAGCUGUAUGAAAAUAAGUCCUUCCUCUUCUUGGGCUGUGGUUGGACAGUUGAUGACACCACGUUUCAGGCCCUGUUUUUAGAGGCUGUCAAGCACAAGUCAGACCUGGAGCACUUCAUGCUGGUGCGGAGGGGGGAUGUGGAUGAGUUCAAGAAGCUCCGUGAGAACAUGCUGGACAAAGGGAUCAAAGUGAUUUCCUACGGAGACGACUACGCUGACUUGCCCGAGUACUUCGAGCGGCUGACAAGCGAGAUUGCCACGCGGGGCCGCGCAGGUGUGCCCAAGGAGGGGCAGCAGCUGAACGGCUCUGCCGCUGCCCACGCUGAGGUAAAAGGAUGCAGCCCCUGAGCCUCAGCCCUGCCCAGGCCCUGAGCCGUGGCAGGGGCUCCUGGGACAGGCCCAGGCCAGGCCAGGAGCCCUCAGGGAGGCCGGAGCCCACCACUGUCCCACUGCUGUCCAGCACUGAGCCAGGACCCUUCCAGCAGGGACGAGGCCAGGACAGAGGCACCACGGAUGAACAGCUGGUCCAACACAGUAAUUGUGGUUUUACUGGGGCUGCACGUGCCUGCGGAGCGCGGUAUCCCCGAGGGAGCUGCAGCCUCCUCUAACUUCAUACCUAGUGCUUUUAUAUCCUGUAUUUCAAUUGAAAAAUGAAACUUGAGCUUUUUUUUUUUUACUGGAAGCUCUAGUUUUCUAGUCCUGUCUUUUUACUGUACAGUAUUUUGUAUGUUGAAGUUGUAUUAAAGGCUUGCUCACUGAA